AUGAAGCACAAGCAGUUUUCACCAGCUCCAAAUAUACCAAGUUGCUCAUCAGAACAUCCUGGACCAACAUCGUCAUCUAUAAAAUAUGAUUGUUCAGCUACGACUCAUAUCCGUGAUUUGCUAGAACAAAAUGCAAAAUCCAGGAAGAUUCUUUACACCAAGCUGGAUGCAAAUAUAAUUCCUUUGCAUACAGAAUUGCUUUCGAUGGUACGAAUAAUUCGAAUUAUUCUCUGCAACGAUUUGGUUUCCAGCAUGCUGAACGAUAACAUAUACCCUACAACCAACGAAAAGAAAGAGCUGGCCUGUAAAAUUAUUUCGGUGUUUCCUAUUUUAACGUCGACGAAAAUAUCAGAAAACGCGCCUGAUUACUCUUUGUUCUUUUGGAAGAAUAGCGGUAAGGGACCGGGACAUGCUCAUUCUGGCCUAAUACAUACCCAUCUUCGAAAUGCUUGCAAAUUGCUUUCGCCAAGCAAAAAAAAGCAUUCUCGACGGCCGAAAACGAGCAAAGCAUCUAAUGUGUCAUCCGAAAUAAUCUCGCUAUCCGAAGAAUGUGCACAACUAGAAGCGACGCCGGCCAACUUUAACAAUAUAUCUAAACUGAUGGCAGAUGCUCAACCGUUUCAUAACCUUCUAAUAAAUGGCAAGAAAACAGUCACUGAUAUUCUUAACGUAUUGCCUCAUUAUAAAUCAUAUAAUGGUGCUAUGAUUCGAAAGGCAUACGAACGCAUGAACCCUAAUUAUGAUGCGGAAUCAGACUUAAAAAAAGUUUUAUGCCUGGGCUUGAUCCUUGAAGGCGGCACGUUUAAAAAAGUUCAAGAUGAUCAUGUCCGUGGAUGUCUUCGAAUCAUGGCCCAACUCUCCAGAAAAGGCGUCAGAAAGCCGCGCAUUAUAAUGCCAUUGGAAGUCGAGGAAGAGUUGGCAGCGCCACUAAUUCGAUGGAUUGGUGAAUCGCCAUCAGCCUUAGCUGUUCAACUAGGAACAUAUGCAGCGUACGCGGUGGAGCAUGGUGAGCCGGUGCCUCCGCACAUUGUUAACCAGGGAGACGUAUUCAUGAUGUUUGUACAGGGCCACAUCAUUUCCUUGGGUACGAACUCAGUUCAAGCUAUAGAUACAUUCGUUAAAUCUUUUUGUGUGUUCAACUGCAAGGUACCAGCUACAAUUAUAAAGCUGGUGGAACUAAUUGAAGUUUUGUCCUAUAAAGUAAAAAAUGACAGCUCCAGACUCUCGGUCAAUCAAUUAGUUCACAAAAUGCGUGAGUCAAUUACAGCACAUGACCUAUAA